AAUGUGAGUGUGUGCGAUAGUGAUAAAAAUGAAAAAUAUGUCUAAGUCCAAAAGUUGAUCUUAGUUAGAUUUUAUGUGAUUAUUAAUUCAUCUUUACCACCUAGUGUUUAGGCAAUUGAAUACUAAGGUAACAACGAUGACACACGUUGAGAAACGCCAGCCUCGACCAGGAAAGGAGACUAUUCAUUCUGGGCAUUUUAUGGUGUCGCAUUUUGAAGCAGAAGCUCAAGAUGAAUUUGACGAUUUGGCAGUACCUGUUCCAGACGAAGAACAGAACAUUCAAAAAGUGUCUGUGGUUACAACUUACACCGUACCUGGCACGAAAGAACAAUUCACUCCCUCAGACAAAAUCGUGACCAAACAACAUCAACAGCUUUCUAUCGAAAUAUCGCUUACAAAAUUAUUCAAAUGUAUGACUUUAGCUUACAGACAAAAACUAACCUCUCCAAAAUGGAAUCGUUUCAAAGGUAUAAAACUCCGGUGGAAGGACAAAAUCAGACUGAACAAUGUUAUAUGGAGAUGUUGGCACAUGCAAUUUAUAAAGAAGCAAAAUACCCUGGUGUGCCAGUUCGCUUCACCGUUAGACGUUGACACUCACGUAAAACCAGAGACAACAAUAUUAGAAGGCAAAUAUUGGAAACGAAGAGCCGAAGCAGUAAUCGCAGAAUAUAAAAAAUGGCGCAUGUUUCAUAUAAUGCGGCUCCUCGGCAAGGGGGACACCGCCGUCCAGGAUACGAUAUCGGACAUGGACACGGUGGAGUCGUUCUCGCAAUGCAGCGACCUCGCGGGCAACAUGUUAACAGACGAGGACUACCUCAGCUUCAUGAGUGACACUCUGUUCUCGACCAUCACCAACCACCAACCUUUCGCGUUCCCCGACUGCAGGGAGAUUGCAAGAGGUGCUAGCUUAGCUGACUUCAUUCAGCCGAGCUUAGGUCCUUUGCAACCUAACCUCGAUGAUUUUAUGGACACAUUGGAACCACUCCAAGAACUUCUGUCGUCAACGCCCCGCCUGCCUCCCGUGCCCGAGGAGAGCGCGCUCCCGGCUGAGGAGGCGCUGUACCGGGGCGGAGGCAUGUCCGUGGACUCGUACCAGCAGGGCUACCUCGGCAGCUCGCCCGCCGCCAUGCCCACCAGCCAGAUGACUAUACAUGGCACAAGCAACAAUACUCAAAUGUUAAUGUCAGAGGAGUCGAUCAAGAACGAGCAACAGAGGCGCGCGUACGAGGGCUCGCGAAUGUUCGCGCAGGGCGAGAUGCAGGGCAUGAUGGGCGCGGAGCUGAUGCCUCAGUACGGGUAUGAGCCGGCGCCGGCGCCCGAUGCGCCGCUGCAGCCCUACGCGGGCAAGGCGCGGCUGCAGCACGUGGCGGCGCCCAAGAUCGUCACGCAGCCCGACUCCUACUAUAAGUAUACUGCAGCGGUGCCGCCGUCCCAAACAGCGCCGGAGACAGUGACGCUUCUCCAACAGCCGCUGCCUAGUUCAAAGUACGCGUCUACCCUCGUGCUGCAAGGGCGCGGCUACCCGCGCGCGAGCGACAAGCGGCGGCCGCACUACGCGCCCGCGCCGCCCGCGCCGCCGCCCGCGCCGCCUUACCAGCCCUACCCGCAGCAGAUGUCGAGCCAGCCGAGCUACGAGGCGCGGCCGCGGCCGGCGGCGCCUAUGCAGUACCUACCAGCGCCCGAGGCCUACAAGCCGAAGCCCGCGGCGCCCAACCAGCGCUCCUUCAAGAUGCCCUCGCCUCCUCUCGUGGCAGCUACCUCACAGCAGGUGUCAGGCGCCGGUAGCUCUGCGCAGGCUGGUAGCAGCGCGGGCAGCCCGGGCCGCAAGGAGCAGUUCCGCUCGCACAGCCUGCCGCUAGGCGCGCAGCUCAACGCCGACUGGUCGCUCAGCGCGCCCGCCCACGCCCACGCGCCGCCCCACGCCCACGAUACGCAUUCGAGGCAUACCGCCAGGGCCCGCGAGAGCACGCCGAGCGCGCUGCGCAUGCGCUCUCGCUCGCAGUCGGGCGGCGGCGAGGCGGGCGCGCGGCCGCCGCUCAACAGCGUGGCGUCCGAGCCCAGCCUGCCGCAGGCCAGCGUCAUGCUCGCGCAGCUGCUCUCCGCGCAGCACUCUAAAAGCGUGUACAAAAUGGGAAGUAACGAGGAAGUCGCCGGAGGAUCGGAUCCGAAGUCCCCAAUUCGCAAAGGCCAGCCCUCGCCUAUUGGCAGUGAUAUAAUGUCACCACAUCCGUCACUGUCGCCGCCCACGUCGCCGGGCUCGCCGCGAGCCGGCUCCCCGCGCGAGCCGCGCCGCACGCACCUGCACGCCGAGCAGAAGCGCCGCUACAACAUCAAGAACGGCUUCGACACGCUGCAGGCGCUCAUCCCGCACCUCAACGCCAACCCCGCCGCCAAGAUUAGCAAAGCUGCAAUGUUACAAAAAGGUGCCGAAUAUAUCAAACAAUUGAAAGCUGAGAGGAAUCAAAUAAAAGAAGAAAUGGAAAGUCUUCGGCAACAAACAGAAAGUUUAAAUAACUCAAUAUCCAACUGCCACUCGCUGCUGCCGGCGACGGGCGCGCCGGUGUCGCGCGCGCGCGCCGGCCGCCUGCGCGAGAUGUUCGCGCGCCACGUGGCCAACCGCACCAUGCACAACUGGAAGUAUUGGCUCUUUAGCGUGGUAGCCGCGGCGCUGGUGGACUCGUUCAGCGCAUGCGUGUCGUGCGGCAGCGGCGCCGACCUCGUGCGCACCACGCUGCUGUGGGCCGAGCAGCACUGUUCGCUCGUGGAGAUGAGGCCAGCUGUGCUCAACUCGCUCCGAGUCCUGUGCACGACGACAGACAUCCUGACCAACCCGGAGCGUCUGCCCGAGGAAGCGCGCCAGGCGGCUGCCUCCAGCGCCGGCGUCAAAAGCGAGCCCACCUAGCGCGACACCACACGCCUCUUUACCGGUGAGCUCGCAAUGAGGGCUAUCGUUUUAGCGCUCACCAGUUAGCGCCACUGUAGAGUAAGGUCCUGUCACUUGCUAGUAGCGAAGACAGUGGCACCAACUGGUGAGC